GUUGUCAGUGAGAGGAGACGCACCGACACACAGACACCGCUCUCAGAGACAAAAUGGCUUCCAUGUCAGAGGAGGAUUUCUGCUGUUCGGUCUGUCAUGAAGUCUUUAGAGAUCCUGUUGUUCUGUCAUGUAGCCACAGCUUCUGUAAAGACUGUCUGAAGAGCUGGUGGACAGAGAAACAGACACAGGAGUGUCCCGUUUGUAAGAGAAGAUCUUCAAGGCCAGAACCACCUCGUAACCUGGAGUUAAAGAAGCUGUGUGAGAGUUUCUUACAGCAGAGAGAUCAGAGAGCUUCAGAGGCUCUCUGCAGUCUGCACUCGGAGAAACUCAAACUCUUCUGUCUGGACCAUCAGCAGCCAGUGUGUCUCGUCUGUCUACAUUCAGAAAAACACACCAACCACAGAAUCAGACCCAUCGAUGAAGCUGCACGACAACACAAGAAGGAACUACAGGAGACUCUGGAGACCUUAAAGGAGAAGUUAGAGGUUUUUGAACAAGUUAAAGAGGAGUGUGAUCAAACAGCAAAACACCUGAAGGUCCAGGCCCGACGCAUAGAGACGCAGAUUAAGUAUCAGUUUAAGAAGCUUCACCGGUUUCUAGAAGAUGAAGAGGAGGCCAGGAUGGCUGCCCUGAGGGAGGAAGAGGAGCAGAAGAGUCAGAGGAUGAAGGAGAAGAUGGAGGCUCUGAGCAGAGAGAUAGCAGCUCUUUCAGACACAGUCAGAGCCACAGAGGAGCAGCUGAGAGCUGAAGACGUCUCAUUCCUGAUCAACUACAAGGCUGCAGUGGAAAGAGUCCAGCAGUUCCCCCUGCUGGAUGAUCCACAGCUGCUCUCAGGAGCUCUGAUAGACGAGGCCAAACACCUGGGCAACCUGAGCUUCAACAUCUGGAACAAAAUGAAGGACAUGGUCUCCUACUAUCCUCUGAUUCUGGACCCAAACACUGCUUAUCCAAACCUCAUUCUGUCUGAAGAUCUGACCAGUAUGAGAUGGGGAGAGAAACAGCAGCUUCCUGAUAAUCCAGAGAGGUUUGCUUAUUGGUACUCUGUCCUGGGCUCUGAGGGCUUUAACUCAGGGACUCACAGCUGGGAUGUCGAGGUUGGAGACAGUGAAGUCUGGUUUCUGGGUGUGUUAGCAGAGUCUGUCCAGAGGAAGGGAGACAUAGACUCUGGAUUUUGGAAAAUAUAUUUCUCUAGAGGUAAAUACUCAGCGUGGUCACCACCAGCUAUCACUGUUCUCCCGUUUGAGAAGCAGCUCCGGAGGAUCAGAGUGACUCUGGACUGGAACAGAGGAAAGCUGUCGUUCUCUGAUCCUGAUACUAACACACACAUACACACCUUCACACACACUUUCACUGAGAAGAUGUUUCCAUUCAUUAGGCCUGGGGAUAAUCUGAAGAUAUCACCACUGAAGGUCUGUGUAACAAAACAACAGGUCUGAUGGAGUCUGUAGUUUUAGGGUGGUGAUAAUAAUAGUAAACAACUAUUCACUUCCUAAACGUUAAUGUGGUCCAUCUAUUAUAUAUAGAAUGAAUAUAAAUGGAAUAAUGGUUGUUAAUAUAAAGGGUAGUAAACUGAUUGUAGCGGUACAGGAGAUGGCUGAAUCAAACACAACAACAUGUUUUAAAAAGCUAAAAGAUAUAUGUGUAACCGGACACGUGGAGGGGUGUCGGCUAAAUUGUAUGACAGGUAAAAACGUCGACAAUGCCACCUUGGGACUUUCACCCAAAGACUAUCCAAAGCUUGGGAUUCAAACCCACAAACAGAAUAUACAAAUGGAGGAGAUACUAAAAAGUGACAGGAGUUACAGCCACACUCAACAGGAGGGGCAACUAGAGAGAAGUGGUCUAAAACUUCAAUAAACAAACAGCAAACAAAAUCAAAUAAAUCAAUAACUAAAACAAGUAAAAACAAAAGGCACACGUUAAAACAUGGACAUAAGAGAAGAAUUGGCCACUUAUUUCACUAUCAACUACUCGUGUAACUCUCUUAUAAGAAUGUUUACUUGCUUCCGUAUUUUCAAGUUAACCUACCGGUCACAUACGAAUGUUUAUAUAUGUAAAUAUGG